GAGAAAGAGAGCGAGUGAGAGAGUGAGUGAGUGAGUGAGAGAGAGAGUGAAUGACUGAGUGUGUGAGUGAGAGAGUGAGUGAGAGAGAAAGAGAGCGAGUGAGAGAGUACGGAAGUGGCUGCUGUGCUGUGCUGUGCUGUAAACUUCAGUGCAGGGCUGAGGGUUCCGCCUUUACUCUCAUCCUGUAGCCGACACUCUCGGGGCUGUUUUGUGUUUGUACAGCGGUAUCAGUAGCAGUAGAAGCGGCGACAUGGCGGGGAGAUUACCGGCGUGUGUUGUGGACUGCGGUACAGGAUAUACCAAACUUGGAUAUGCUGGAAACACAGAGCCUCAGUUCAUCGUUCCAUCAUGCAUUGCCAUCAAAGAGUCGGCGAAGGUGGGCGACCAGGCUCAGAGGAGAAUGAUGAAAGGCGUAGAUGAUCUGGACUUCUUCAUUGGAGACGAGGCCAUAGACAAGCCCACCUACGCCACCAAGUGGCCUAUCAGGCACGGUAUCGUAGAGGAUUGGGAUCUGAUGGAGCGCUUCAUGGAACAGGUCAUCUUUAAGUAUCUGAGGGCAGAACCUGAGGACCAUUACUUCCUCCUGACUGAGCCACCUCUCAACACACCUGAGAACCGCGAGUACACAGCAGAGAUCAUGUUCGAGUCCUUCAAUGUGCCGGGACUUUAUAUCGCUGUGCAGGCAGUCUUGGCUUUAGCAGCAUCUUGGACCUCUCGGCAGAUUGGGGAGAGAACUCUUACCGGUACAGUCAUUGACAGUGGAGAUGGAGUCACCCACGUCAUCCCUGUGGCGGAAGGCUAUGUGAUCGGCAGCUGUAUAAAGCACAUCCCCAUUGCAGGCCGUGACAUCACCUACUUCACACAGCAACUUUUAAGGGAGAGAGAGGUGGGCAUUCCACCCGAGCAGUCCCUCGAGACCGCUAAAGCUGUCAAGGAGCGUUUCAGUUAUGUGUGUCCUGACCUGGUGAAGGAGUUUAACAAGUACGACACAGAUGGCUCCAAAUGGAUAAAGCAGUACACCGGCAUCAACGCCAUUAGCAAGAAAGAGUUCACCAUUGAUGUGGGGUACGAGCGUUUCCUUGGCCCAGAGAUCUUCUUCCACCCUGAGUUUGCCAAUCCAGACUUCACUCAGCCGAUCUCAGAAGUGGUCGAUGAGGUGAUCCAGAACUGUCCCAUCGAUGUGCGUCGUCCACUGUAUAAGAACGUUGUUCUUUCCGGUGGCUCCACCAUGUUCCGUGAUUUUGGUCGCCGUCUUCAGAGAGACCUGAAAAGAAGCGUUGAUGCUCGUCUCAAGCUGAGUGAGGAGCUCAGUGGCGGCAAGUUAAAGCCCAAGCCCAUUGAUGUGCAGGUCAUCACUCACCACAUGCAGCGCUAUGCCGUGUGGUUCGGAGGAUCCAUGCUGGCCUCAACACCCGAGUUCUACCAGGUGUGCCACACCAAGAAGGAUUACGAGGAGAUCGGCCCCAGCAUCUGUCGCCACAACCCUGUCUUUGGUGUCAUGUCCUAAAAGUCCACAGACCUGUCCACACACACAUACACACACACAGUGGGUCGGGUUGGGGUGGUGUAGGUUAGGGUCUGAAAGGGGGGGAUAAAAGAGCAAGCCACUGGAGAAAGAGAGCUCAUUUCGGUUACCACCAAACCUGUCUGCUGGAUCCAGAUGAUGAAUGUUGUGUUUGUUUGUUUAUUUGUUCUUGUUAUUCCCAGUACACGGGAUAUGCAGUUCCUAGACCAAAAUGACUCCAGCUCUUCUCUGCCUCUGCUCAGUAAUAUGUGGGCGUCUGAAAUAUAACAAUCCCCUGAUGAGUAGAAUAAUGAGUGUGGAAAUGAUAUUAACAUUUGUGAUGGUGGUGAUGCUAAAAACUGCUGCCAUCAACUGUUUAAAGAAAAAAGCUUCUUUCUAGAGGUUAACCACACCAAUGUUGUUAUCCUGUUUCCUAGUCGUAUCAUACCUGAGCAGGUUCAUGCCCUUUAACAAUUCAAACUGGGUAAAACUCAGACCAGAUAUAAAGAAAAAAACCUGCAUUAUUUCACUGCUUAGAUUCUUUUUGCGCUUACUUCUGCUCAGAAGAAAUGAUUUCCUUAUUUCAUUUUUCUCGCUUUCAUCAGAUUUGUUUUAAAUACACGACUGCUUUUACCUUCAAUCAUAUUUGCAUUGUUCUCAGUAAUUUAAAGCAAAAGCAGCUGUCAAUAUUAGGACUAUUAUGAGCUUGAAAGAGAAUGACUAUCUGACCAGUAUUGCUAACCUAGUGGAUUUUUUAUUAUUUCAUUGAACACCAAAUGACAGCAGGUUUGGAUUUGUAAAUGCAAUGCCUGAAACAUUCCAAUAAAGGCGUAGAUUGUUUCUACAAAA